AACGUCAGGCAGCAGGGACGUGUAUUUCCUGCAGUUGCUGCUGUCGUGUCUCUGCUGUCAUACAGCCAAACAUGGCAGGAGGCAAAAAGAGAAGCGCUCGCCCGUCCACCUUUCACACCACAGUUAACUCCCUGUGGCAGGACAAACACCUGGUGCUGUUCAAAGCGGAAUACACUCUCCAGGUGGCGGCGGUUCUCUGGUUUCUGGAAAUCGGCAUCAACGUGUGGGUCAUUCAGAAAGUGGCAUAUACAGAGAUUGACUGGAAAGCCUACAUGGAUGAGGUCGAAGGUGUCAUUAAUGGUACCUACGACUAUACCCAGUUAAAGGGAGACACGGGGCCUCUAGUGUACCCAGCAGGAUUUGUGUACAUUUUCACGGCACUUUACUAUAUUACAGACCAGGGGCUGAAUAUUAGACUGGCACAGUAUUUGUUUGCUAGUUUCUAUCUUAUCACCCUCUUGUUGGUCUUCCGCAUCUACAACCGUACAAAGAAGGUCCCACCAUAUGUUUUCUUCUUUGUGUGCUGUGCGUCAUAUCGGAUCCACUCCAUCUUCGUGUUGCGACUCUUUAAUGACCCUGUGGCCAUGAUGCUGCUGUUUGGAGCAGUCAACCUCAUUCUGGAUGCACACUGGACCCUGGGCUGUGCUGUCUACAGUCUGGCCGUGUCAGUGAAGAUGAACGUGAUGCUCUUCGCUCCAGGACUCCUCUUCAUCCUCCUGUCAGAGUUUGGACUGAUGAAGACCCUUCCCAAGCUCACACUCUGUGCCAUCAUCCAGCUUGUGUUAGGUUUGCCUUUCCUCUUGGUGAAUCCUGUAGGCUACAUGAGCCGGGCGUUUGAUCUGGGCCGUCAGUUUCUGUUUAAGUGGACAGUGAACUGGCGCUUCUUGCCAGAAUACAUUUUCCUCAGCAGGUACUUCCACCUGGCACUGUUAUUCGCUCACCUGACCACACUUGCCUGUUUUGCUUUGAGGAGGUGGAAGAGGUCAGGGAGCAGUGUUUGGGCUCUUUUGAAAGAUCCGUCAGAGAGGAAGCCAAUGACACAGAAGCUCAGUGCUGAUCAGAUCGUUCUCAUUUUGUUCUCUUCCAACUUCAUCGGCAUGUGCUUCUGCCGCUCGCUGCACUACCAGUUCUACGUUUGGUAUUUCCACACUCUGCCCUACCUGCUGUGGAGCGGUGGGGUGAAGAAACUGGCUCACCUGCUCAGGGUGUUGAUACUGGGUCUGAUAGAGCUGGCGUGGAACACGUAUCCCUCUACCACCUACAGCUCCUUGUCCCUGCACGUCUGCCAUCUCAUCAUCUUGCUAUGUCUGUGGUUCAACCCGACCCCUUCUCCACCAGAUACGGGCUCAGAGUCCCACAAGACCAAGCGCCAAUGAGUGCUGCUUCACUGGCAGCUGUGUUUCUGUGUUCCUGGUACAUACACACCUCUCUUCUGGGUGAAAGAGGGAGAAUGUGCAGGAAAAAAAAGGAGGAAAUAACUCAAAUUUUCAAGAUUCUUAAAGAUCUAUUUUUUUGAGAUGGAAUAUGUGAAUGUCAUGUGGAUCAGCAUGUAAAGUGACUUUCUACAUGUAGCCCAUUACAUGCAACUUGAAAAGACGCAUGGUGUCGCUUAGUGAUUUUGGGACAUUGAAACAUUGAAAUGAAGUAUAUAAAUAUCACCUAUAGCAGUGGUUUUCAACGUUUUUUUUCUAGAGAUCCUGAAAAGUUUAAUUUUCGUCCAAAUUGAGCGCACCUGGUUCAGCUAAUCAGUACUUGGGAUUUUGUCUGGCUAUUGUCUGGCAUACAUUUUGACAUAUUGUUUAGUACGAUUUUUUUUUGGACACUGUAAUCUUUGCAUUCCCUUAUGUUCACAUGUAGUUUUACACCAAAUGUGACAAUAUAACUGUGACAAAACCAUUGUUAAUUGAAAUACAUAACUACAAACACUUUUUUUUCACUUAAGUCAUGAAACAUUUGUAUGAAAAACAUACAUACUAUCUUCAGAAGACAUUAGUUAGCUGGAUCAGGUUUGUUUGAUUUGCGUCAGAACUGUUGAACAGUGCAAGAAGGUGAUCUCAGGGAGUUUGGUGGGUUUGAUGCACAACCUGUUUAACCAUAUGUUUGGUGUUUCUUACUGAUAAGGUGGAGAGUUCAGUGGGCUUAAAAAAACUUAAUGGAAUGUAUAAUAAAUGGGUGUAAAGGGGAGAAGACCUUUUGGACAUUGUGCUCAGCAAUAACUCCACCAUAGACCAGCAUGCAGUUUACAGUUGAAAUCUAGUCACAAAAAUUAGACACAGAACAACAAAGCAGCAAUUAACUCUUGGUAUUAACUUUUUCCUGAAGUCAGAAUCAGAGGGCCAUGUUCCAGACUGAAAAGAAACGGGCUGACCUUUUGCAACAGGAACAUCAGUGUAAAGUUCUGUUACGUUAUGUUGUGGAAUAGCAAAACCUUUUGACAUUUUGUAUUACAUUGCCACUGCAUAUUUGGCAAAUUUCUUAUUUUCAAUAUUAAGUUGAUACACUGAGUUUCAAGUUUAUUAGUUUUGAUUUGUUGGACGUUUUAUCAGGUCCCCCAUCACAGGCACUUUCCACGUCUACAAUUACAGACUGUAAAAAUGAUCACCACCCAAGUAUCUGGUCAGUGGUGAUUUUAUAUUUUUCCACUGACUGACAGAGUAGAAUGGGGCUUGUAAACUGUUCCUUAAAGUGCACCUACAUAGUCAGUGUGUACUGGCAGUGUGUACUGUAGAUUUAUAUGCAAGUUGUAUUAACUGAAAGCUUUUAAAAAAAAAUCUGAUUGUAGACAAAUCUGAUUUAAAUGGUUGCUUUGUGUCUUAUUGGCAGGUACUUUACUCUUAACAACAUUUUCUUCAAAUGUGACUAUAAGCUUUGGCCAAAUAACUAAUUCAGGAAUAUAGUACAGGGCACAAAAACAGCAUAAAACUAUUUCCAGUGGCUUUUUUUUUUUGGCAACUGUCUUUUUCUGUCUGUUCCUAGUAUUUGUUUUUAUUUCUUUAUUUUUUUUUUCUUUACUUCUUUUAUAGUUUGAGGAAGGUGUGUGAAGUUAUUUUUGCAUGACUAUAAACAGAUUUUGUCAUGUUUAGUUACUGUUUUUGUGUGAUCUCUUAAAUACAUAAGGCAGCUGCACACAGACUUAAUCUGGUGUAUCUUCUAAAUGUGUCAGGGCUAUAAAGCAUCAGGCAUAGGAUUGUGAACUGGAAGCAACACAAUGGCAUAACACCAUCUUGUUUUUAAAAAUAAAGUUUAUUGCAAGA